CACUGCUGCCUCUACAUUAGGCUAUGUGUGAAGUCGGGUGUAAGUGCUGCCACAGGCAGAUACACAGGGACAGAUAAUAGCUACUGGAGCUUUGAAUCUCUGCUUUCACAAUAGGAAGAGCCAGUCUUACCUAAAUACUAUAACUGGGAAAAUGACUGAGCCCAGCAGUAGGAAAGAGGGGUUUAAAAAAUGCCGGAGUGCCACUUUCAGCAUUGAUGGCUUUAGCUUUACCAUAGUUGCAAAUGAAACUGGUGACAAAAAUGCUCGACCCCUGGCAAGAUUUUCAAGGUCCAAGUCUCAGAACAGCCUGUGGAAUAGCAUUAUCAGUGGACUAAAUCUCAAAGAAAAACAGAAGCCUGCAAUUGUCGCUGAUCUGCGUAGCCCAGAAGAAAUUUUAGCAGAUGAAUUGCCACAGGUUGACAGCCCAGAUGCAAUUCCGAAGACAUCAAUCAGGAGGAAAUACAAGAAAACAUCACAAAGGUUACGAUGUCUAGUAAAACAGCUGGAAAGAGGAGAAGCUUCGGUUGUGGACCUGAAAAAGAACCUUGAAUAUGCAGCCACUGUUCUUGAGUCUGUUUAUAUCGAUGAAACAAGACGUUUACUGGAUACGGAAGAUGAACUCAGUGACAUUCAGUCAGACUCGGUACCUUCCGAAGUGCGGGACUGGCUUGCCUCCACCUUCACGCGACAAAUGGGGAUGAUGUUAAGAAGAACAGAGGAGAAACCACGAUUUAGAAGCAUUGUCCAUGCAGUGCAGGCCGGGAUAUUUGUUGAAAGAAUGUACAGAAGAACGUCAAACAUGGUUGGACUCAGUUAUCCUCCUGCUGUCAUUGCUGUGUUAAAGAAUGUUGACAAGUGGUCCUUUGAUGUGUUUGCACUAAAUGAUGCUAGUGGUGAUCAUGCACUCAAAUUCAUCUUUUAUGAAUUACUCACACGUUAUGAUUUGAUCAACCGCUUCAAGAUACCGAUCUCUGCACUUGUCUCAUUUGUGGAAGCACUUGAAGUUGGAUACACAAAACAUAAAAAUCCAUAUCAUAACUUGGUCCAUGCUGCAGAUGUUACACAAACUGUUCAUUACUUUCUCUUUAAGUCAGGGUUAGCGCACUGGCUAACAGAACUGGAGAUAUUUGCAAUGAUUUUUGCAGCUGCUGUCCAUGACUAUGAACACACUGGCACUACAAACAACUUCCACAUCCAAACAAGAUCAGAUCCAGCAAUUCUAUACAAUGACCGAUCUGUACUUGAAAAUCAUCAUGUAAGUGCAGCAUAUCGCCUCCUACAGGAUGAUGAGGAAAUGAAUAUACUCUAUAACCUUUCUAAGGAUGACUGGAGGGAAUUCCGAGCUUUGGUGAUUGAAAUGGUGUUGGCCACAGAUAUGUCCUGUCACUUCCAACAAAUCAAAGCAAUGAAGAAUGCUUUGCAGCAGCCGGAAGGGAUUGACAAGCCAAAAGCCUUAUCCCUGUUGCUACACACAGCAGACAUAAGCCAUCCAGCAAAGAACUGGGACCUCCAUCAUCGGUGGACCAUGUCACUGCUAGAAGAAUUCUUCAGACAGGGUGACAAAGAAGCAGAACUUGGCCUUCCAUUUUCUCCACUGUGCGAUCGCAAUUCAACAAUGGUUGCUCAGUCCCAAAUAGGCUUUAUUGAUUUCAUUGUGGAGCCUACGUUUACGGUGUUGACAGACAUGACAGAGAAGAUUGUAAUUCCACUUAUCGAUGAGGCCUCACGGUCUGGGCUCACAGGUUUUAGGCGAUCUAGUUUGAACAGCAUAACCCCCUCAGAAGUUAAAAGAUCGAGUGUGAAGAGCACUGGAUCAGAAGGAAGUGCCUCUUUGAAUUGCUCAAUCCUCACUGUGGACUUCAAGUGUUUUAAAAACACCUGGUAUGAUGUUGUGCUACAGAAUAGAGAAAAGUGGAAGGCGCAAGCAUCCAAAGAUGCAGAGGAAAGAGCGAAGAGAGAUGCAGUAGAAGAUUUGCUCCAAGAGAAGGACGAUAAAAAUAGUGAUGAGAGAGAAGAGAAAAAUGAAAAUGAAAAAUCUUUACAAUCAAAACAUGAAGCAAAUAAAGAAACAAAUUCCAGCGAUGGAAAAACAGAAUCUAGUCAGGGAAAUGUAAAUGGGACUCGAUUACCAAAUGUAAACAGACGAGAGGAUUCCUCAGGACAAAGUCAGAGCAAGCAGGAAAAGACUGGAGAAAGUGAUGGCAAGCAGCAAGUUCACAAUGGGAUCUGCAGCGCAAAUUACACAGUACAUAAUCAAGUGAGCAAACAAGAAAACAGCACUUACAGAUCAAGACCAUAUAGGACAGAUAAAGAAGAGUAAAAAAGAAUGCCAAUAAAUGUCAUCAUUUUAGCUGAGCUUCUUCAUUUUGUUCCUACUUCCACAAAGACAAGUCUCUUGGGAAUAAAAGGCACUAGCUUUAUAAGCAAGACAUCCACUGGCUCCUUUACAGUUAAAGACUUUUUUUUUGUGUAUUUUUUUUAAUGCUCUCCUUUUUUUCUUGAAACACAAAAAAAAAACUGACUUGGCUUUUUACACAACAGACAAAAUUAGUAGGGGAACUUUAAAGCUUUGCUCAUUACGUUGGGGUUUAGGAAGCCUUCAUUGAACUCAAUGAACAGUCACAUGGAAAUUAUCUUGAAACCUGCACUACCACAAUCAUUUUGGAACGUUAAUGUCAUUUGUCCCAAAAGUCAAAAGUGUGUUUGCGCAUGUGCUUGUUUAAGCCAAAACAAGGGAUUAUCAUCCUGCACUUAAACAGAACUGCACACCAUGGCUUGACACUUGCUUCACAGGGUUAAACACUGUCUAUUUGAGUGUGUUUAUUUAUGUUUGACGGAUAUGUUAGAGUUAAUUUUAUCACCAAUGGCUUAUAUUUUAUUAUUUUCAUAAUAUGUGUUUAGUAAAAAAAAAAAAUCUAGCAACUCCUGUAAUGUCUCAUUCAAUGUUUAAAAUGGUAAAGGCUACAUUUACAGGUUAUUAUUUCUAGGUCUUCCAUAAAUAUUGGUUUCUAAGGCACAGCAUGCUGGGAAAAUGCUAUUUCCUGCAUCUCAUAUUUAUACUUUUGCCAAUGCACUGUUGAAAGUAAGGAAAGAAGCAAAGCUGUUAAUUAAAUGGACAUAAUGGACUAAACCUGUUUUUAGCUUUAGAUCCUAUUAUUUUUAUAUAUUCGUCUUCAACUAAUUAUCACAAUUUACUGUAUCACACUUGUUUCCCCAGAGAAUGUGAUCUGUGUUCAUUUGAAAUGCUUUCAUAUAUGAUAGCCCAUAGUGCAAACUAAUACUAACCAAAGGGAGGUGCACGUGUUGUGGAGAGCUAUCAAUAAAUGACAACACAUUGGCAUUGCUGCAUUUAGUACUGCUGUAAGUGUUCCCUGACCUUCAAUGGGGCCUAUCUAUGAAAUGUUGUAGAUGGCGAACCCACCAGGAAUGCUAAAUAGCAGGCAUAGGCAAUAUUUGUCUCUUUAGCUGUUGUUGACCUACAGCUCCCAGCAUGCUCUGCUAGCUGAAGAAUCACAAGUUGCCUCUCCCACUAUAUACAGAUGGUCAGCUUGGCCACUAGCCGCGGCAGUCAUGAGUAGAUUGCAGCGACUAGCAUUUCUGCGGCUGUGUGGGUGCACUGUGCAGGCUCGCACAAUCCAUAUGAUCACAUGGGUGUGUACGCUCCCACAAACGGGUCACACCUGGGAGCAGCUAGACACAAUUGCAUUGCGGCUGUUGGUGUGACCGGUUCGCAGAAUAGAUGACCAUGAACCUAUCUGUAGGAAAGUUAAUAAGCUGUCAUAUAAUUGGGUUAGAUUUCCAUGACAUAUUAUUAUGUGUUAAUUGUGUUAGCCGUUUCCUAUUGUCUCACUCAUUUUAGUCUUCAAAAACAGUUUGUAAAACAAGUACUAUAAAAACACAUACUGUAGUUGUGAUAUUUUCUUUCGGACUAUAGGGUUCAUUCCGAGUUGAUCGCUAGCUGAAAAUGAUCGCUGCGCUACGAUGAUGCAAAAAAAUGGCACUUCUGCGCAUGCGUAUGAGGCAUAAUGCGCACACGCGACGUACUGUCACAACGACCGAUGUAGUUUCACACAAGGUCUAGAGAAGCUUUUCAGUCCUACUGGUGGCCGCAGAGUGAUUGACAUGAAGUAGGCGUUUCUGGGUGUCAACUUGCCGUUUUCAGGGAGUGUUCGGAAAAACGCAGGCGUGCCAGGAAAAACUUAGGCGUGGCUGGCCGAACGCAGGGCGUGUUCGUGACGUCAAAACAGGAACUGAAUAGUCUGAAGUGAUCGCAAGCGCUGAGUAGGUCUGAAGAUACUCUGAAACUGCACAAAAUUAUUUUGUAGCCGCUCUGCGAUCCUUUCGUUCGCACUUCUGCUAAGCUAAAGUACACUCCCAGUGGGAGGCGACAUAGCGUUUGCACGGCCGAAAAAAACAGCUAGCGAGUGAACAACUCAGAAUGACCCCCUAUAUUAGAAAUAUAAAAAUAAAAUGAGAAACUGGUUUAUAUGCAAAUAUAUAUAUUUAGAUUAUAAAUACAUGAGAAAAACACUUACUGUAAAUAAUUAACCACAAGUGUAAAUUUAAUAUAUACUCCUAGUAAAUUUCGUUCUAAGAGAUAAAUUAAUAAAUCUAUAUUUCCUUUAUAGGCUAGAUGAUUGAGUAUGAUUAUUAACAGUAAUUACAAAGAAACGAGCAUAGGUAACUACAAAUGACAGCAACUAAAUUGUGCUGUUUUUUUGUGCUGAUUCAUAGGGCUCCACAGGGAGAACAUUGGAGUUGUAGGUGGUGGAUGAGAGUCCGGGCACCAAGGACUGGAGGGGGAGAGGUUCAGGGGAAAUUUGAGGAAAAAUGACUUCACAGAAAGGGUAGUGGACAAGUGGAAUAGCCUCCCAUCAGAGAUGGCAGAGGCUAAGAUAGUAGAGCAAUUUAAACAUGCAUGGGAUAGACAUAAGGAUAUCCUUACAAAGAAAUAAGUAUCAAAAAAGGUUUGAGAUAAAAAUAUGGUAAAAAAAAGGGGGCAGACUAGAUGGGCAAAGAGGUUCUUAUCUGCCGUCAAAUUCUAUGUUUCUAUGUAAACAGUUACAGUAAGUUUUCGGGCUUUCCAGAAUGCUUGGCUUCUCUCCCCUAUAACCCCACCUCCAUGCUCAGGCAGGUCAGUUUUUUGUUGGUACCAGCUGGAAGCUGGGGUGCACCUUUACAGGGGGCUGCUAUAGCAGCCCCAUGCUUUCAAUUGUAAAAGUUUUUUUUCUCUGAACUUGUCAGCGUUGUAAGUCUUUUAGACUUCAGCACUACAGUUCCAUAACCCCCCGCUGGCUCAGAAACUCCUGCAUGGCCAAUGCCAAGACGGGUACUUGCAGCUGCACACCGUGUCAAGCAACGCUCACUGCGGGGAUCCCAGGACUGCGUGGCUGGAAUAUGGGGGCAGGUAAGAGGGUCCCAUCUUAAAGGACCCGCAUUUAAAUCACGGUCCACGCAUGUCCCAGUAGACGGACGGCGGAGCUGGUGUGGACACUGGCUUCAAUCAGGGAUUACACUACACCACCAGGGCAUAUAAGGCCCAGGUUUUAGUGUAUACACUAAAUUUAUAAAGGCCUUUAGUACCUGUGGCGAAGACCAGCAGGAGGAGGCGGCACUUUCCCUGUAGCCCCUCCCCCAGCUUUGGAUGUCAGUCUACUGCAGAUUUCCAGCCCUUGAGCUGUAAACUACACUCCCUCCUUUCCUCCGAGACCAGGGCAUCCAUCUUCAGCAUGCAGCAAGCAAGGUCUCCGGGAACGCUUGUCUUCAUCUAACUGUAAAAUCGUCUCUAAGGAGCCAGGUUUUUAAAAACACUUAUAUCCUACCUGCUUUAAAAAACUGGCGGAGUAGUUGAUGCAAGUGCUCAUUGAAGUGAUAUUAUUGUGUAUUUAUCUGCAUUGUAUGUGACUUGUGCUAGUUCUGCUGUCUGAUUUAUCUUUUUGUCUGAUAUAUAUAUAUAUAUAUAUAUAUAUAUUUAUUUAUAUGCUAUCACUUUUCUUUAUACCCUGUGAGACAGGUGCUUUCAGAAUUAUUCUGAGCGGCAGUUAAAUUGCUGACUUUUGUCACAUACUACACUUAAUUAUACAGUUACUGUUGCCAUAAAAGUGUGAGUGCGACACACAACUUUUGCAGUUAUGUCUAGCAAGGCAAAAGGUUGCAAACAGUCAGAAACCCCAUUCUUGCUUUCAUGUAAAAUGUGCUCUGUGGGGUUAUCUGCACAGAAUGUUGUACAAGAUGGACUAUGUAAUAAAUGUUAUAUACCUCCUGGUCAGUCAACUACUUCUGUACCUACACAGGAACCUCCUUGGGCUUCCUUUACACAGUUAUUGGGUACCCUGGUGGACAGACUUUCACCAGCCAUGGGUCCCCCUAUGUCAAUACCAGCCCCAGAUACAAAUCCACCAUGGUUGGAAACUGGCGAGUUCAGUUCAAAGUCUGGCACAGACAUCUGUAGUUUUACAAAAGAUGUUGCCAGGGAACAAACAGCAUUCUAGAUUAACUAGCUGACCUCCGCUUGUGACAGCUAACAAUGUGGAUAGGUCUGUAGGAUUCAGCAUACAGCGAUUCCUGGCGGUGCUUGACGCAUCUCUCAGCCGCUGACCCGGGGCUGUUUCAUCAGCGGCUGAGAAAUGCAUCAUGCACCGCCAUCAAGCACUGCCAGGCAUCGCCUGCAGACCUAUACACAUUGCUAGCUGCCACAAGUGGAGGUCAGCUCUUUUCCCGCUAGCUCCAAUCCACCGCUCUGAACUACCCGGGUAGCCGGCACCCGGUGUUAGGAAGGAAGUUCCUACAGACCGCUCACAAAUAGAGGCUGGGCUAAGCGCUGUUCAUCCACAGAUUGCCGAUUGAUAGUGGAAUACAGCGAAAUUAACAGCUGAUACUACGAUUGUGUCCUGCACUAAGUUGCCCCAUUAUAACCUCAAAAUAUUGGUCUGUCAUAUUCCGGUGUUCUACAAUGGAGCAUUAGGUUUUAUAAUUGACACAACAUAUUACUGACCAAACGGGGAACUUUUUAACUGACAAGAAACUUGCAAGAAUUUAUUAGUCAAUAGACUUUGUAUUUAUUCCAGUUUCUUGUGGAGUUUAUUCAUUCCAGCUAUCUGUAGAAAUACAGCAUCUGAGGAUGAAAAAACGCUUUACAAAAUAUUGGUACAAAAUAACAAGGAGAGUUUUAAUACCUGGAUAGAAUUUGUUCCUUCUUCAGUAAAAGGAUACAAUGAAUGUAUCUGCGGUGCUGGGUCUGCAGAUUAUAUAAAAGCUCUAAAAAGAAUGUGAUUUUAUAUUGUUUUUUAUUUGUCUAUAUUUUAUUGUUGUUUGUUUUAUUGUGGUAAAUGUGAUUAUGAUAAUUUAUUUCUAAUAAAUUGUAAAUUAUAUGAUACUUUCAUGGACAGCGAUUCUUUUUCUUUGUUUUUAUUUCUACAUAUUAUAGUUUGAGGUUCAACCCCUGAAGCUGCAGUCAUUGUUAAGUAUCUAUAAUUGUAUUAAUAAGUGUCCCACAGCCAGUACACUAGCACCCACUUCUGUUGUUAUUUCUAAAAAGUUUCCUUUGUCUAACUGACUCUUAUCUCUCUAUCCUAUCCCUUUGGAGGAUAGUGCAAGGUGGAAGACUCCUCAUCCAGUGGAUUCUCAUAUCACUUGUUUGGUAAAAAAAUCUACCUUGUCUAUCACAGCCAUUGCAUCAUUAAAGGAACCCACAGAUAGAUGCAUUGAAAAUUGCCUUAAGUCUAUCUUUUCACUGAUGGGUGCUGUAAAUAGUCCUACAAUAGCAGCCUCAUGGGCAGCAAAAGCUAUUGAAUCUUGGUUGAAGGCAAUAGAGGAGGAAUUGACUCUAGUUAUAUGAGAAGAGUGCAGAAUAUAUUUGGAUUGUAUCAAGAAAGCGACUUCUAACAUUGGGGAAGCACUAUCUGAUGCUGGUGUGUUGGCAGCAAAAGCGUUGGCAACAUCAGUGCUUACUAGACGCAUUAUUUGGUUACGCUCUUGGAAAGCGUAUUUAAACUCCAAGAAAACUCUGGAAGUACUACCGUACGGGAGAUGUUCUGUACUAAACAAAAUAGUGGCAUCCUUAGUGGCUGCCGAAACAGCUUGCUUUUCUCCCUUCAGCUUUUACACCACGGCCUGAGAGCUCAAAUUUUCUUACCUUUCACCCACAAGGAAAAGAGAAAGGACAAGCGUUUCCUAGGCAAUUACUGUAAAUGCCUCAAAGUCUACUAAGCCUAAGACUAAGCAGCCAUGGGCAGCUAGGGGACCUCAGGGUGCGAGGCCGACUUCUUCACUUCGCACAAGUCUGGAUCAAAACCCCUUCAGAUGUUUAGGUGCAAGAGGUAGUCUCUCCCAGGUACGCCAUCUCUUUCAAAAGACGUUCCUCAUAGCAAUAUUUUUGCACAAGCCUUCCAUCAGACACAGAAAAGUCUUGAAUACUACAAGAAGUGGUUCAAUCACUUCUCCAGUCAGGAGUAAUAGUGCCAGUUCUUCAGGCUCAAAAAGGAAGGGGCUAUUAUACGUUCAAGUUCCUUGUACCAAAGCCAAAUGGGACAUACAGACCUAUUCUCAAUCUCAAAUCUCUCAACAGAGUUGUGAAAGUUUCCAGGUUUUGCAUGGAAACCCUAUGCUCUAUAGUUCUAGCAAUUGAACCGUGGGAUUUCAUGGUGUCAUUGGACAUACAAGAUGCAUAUCUGCAUAUACCUAUUGCACUGUCACAUCAACAAUACGUGAGGUUUGCUAUCCUAAACCAACACUAUCAGUUCCAGGCGCUGCCAUUUUACCUGGCUACAGCGCCCAGAAUAUUUACAAAAGUCAUGGCAGUCAUGGUAGCACACCAGCAUCGUCAGGUAAUCAGGAUACUUCCUUAUUUGGAUGACAUACUGCUCCUGGCCAGUUCACAUUAGGUAUUUCACAGCAAAUUACAAAUAACGAUAGUCUUCCUACAAAGUUAUGGUUGGCUUAUCAACUGGAAAAAGUCCUCACUCAUACUGUUCCAAAGAAUGGUAUAUCUGGGAGCCCUGCUAGACUAUCAAAAUCAACGACUGUUUCUAACAAUGAACAAAUAUCGAAAUUAAGAGACAAAAUACAGCAGUUCCUUAACCAUUUUCAGAUGUCAAUUCACUCGGCCAUGCAAGUCCUCGACCUGAUGGUAUCUACGUUUGACAUGAUCUAAUUUGUCUAAUUUCACUCUUGCCCUUUACAAAGGUUGAUUCUAGCCAAAUGGAAUGGCUAGCCUCAUCAGAUCAAACGGCAUAUAAUAACUCUGACUCCGGAGGUUCGCCUAUCAUUAACUUGGUGGCUCCACAGCAAUCACCUUGACAGGGGUCACCCCUUCUGGAUCUCGAAUUGGGUGCUUCUCACUACAGAUGCCAGCCUUCGCGGUUGGGUAGCUGUAACAGAGCAACACUCGUUUCAAGGGAGAUGGAGCCUGACAGAGUCUAAGUUACCAAUCAGUGUACUGGAACUGAGAGCAGUAUAGAAAGCACUGACACUGGCAUUCAGCAUUCUCCAAUGCUGGUCUGUGUAAAUUCAAUCCGACAACGUUACAACAGUGGCAUAUAUAAAUCACCAUGGCAGCACUCGCAGCAAAAGGGCAAUUCAAGAGGUAGCCAAAAUACUAAAGUGGGCCGAACGUCAACUUACAGCCAUAUCAGAAGUGUUCAUACCAGGCCACCUCAACUGGGAAGCAGACUUACUUAGUCAUCAUGAUGUGCACACGGGCGAAUGGGCUCUCCAUCCAGAAGUGUUCUAACUACUAGUGGGCAGGUGGGGCCGGCCAGACGUGAAUCUGAUGGCAUCAUGUCACAACCACAAGGUCCCAGUAUAUGGUUCCAGGUCACUGGAUCCACAAGCAGCAUUCGUGGAUGCUUUAGCAGUACAAUAGACCUUUCAUCUACCAUACAUAUUACCCCUAAUAGCCCUUCUGCCAAGGGUAAUAACGACAUUCAAACAAGUAUGAGGAAACCUCAUUCUGAUAACCCCAGCGUGGUCCAGACAGCACUGGUUCUCCCACCUGCAGAGCCUUUCAGUAGGGAAACCCCUUCAACUUCCUCAGCAACAGGACCUUCUAUUUCAAGGGCCAUGUCUACAUCCGGACCUGAAACAUCUGUCUUUGAUGGCGUGUCUCUUGAAUCAUCCAUUUUAAGAGCAAAAGGAUUUUCAACCUCUGUAAUUCAAAUGAUGCUAAAUGCAUGCAAGUCUGCUUCAGCACGUAUAUAUUAUAGAAUAUGGCAUACCUAUUUCACAAGGUGCGCUUCUAAGUGCUAUGAUACAACUAUAUUUAAAAUAUGAAGAAUACUGGCUUUUCUUCAAACAGGAUUGAAUCUAGGUUUACGCCUUGCUAAUCUGAAAGUACACAUUUUUCCGCUAUAAGUAUGGUUUCAGAGAAACAUUGCUACACUACCAGAUAUAUGUACUUCUUUUCAAGGGGUCAUACAUGUACAACCCCCAUAUGUAUCCGUGGUAGCUCCAUGGGACCUCUCUGUAGUAUUGGAAGCACUUCAAGAGCCCCCUUUUGAACCCUUAGAGUCAGUAAACCUCAAAUGGUUGACGGCUAAGACAAUAUUUUUGCUGGCUAUUGCUUCUGCCAAGAGGGUCUCAGACUUAGGAGCUCUCUCCUGUAGUCCACCUUUCCUGAUUUUUCAUCAUGAAAGGGCUGGGUACCUUCCUAAAGUGGUCUCUAGGUUUCACCUUAAUCAGGAAAUUAUAGUCCCGGCAUUUGUCUCACCAUAUAUUUCAGCAAAAGAACGGUCUUUGGAUAUAAUAUGUGCCCUACAUAUCUACAUAGACCUGACCUGUUCUAUCAGAAGAUCCGACUCUAUUCAUACUUUAUGGAUUUCACAAGCGUGGCUGACCAGCUAACAGAUGCUGGCCAGACUGAUUAGAAUGGUUAUUGCACAAGCAUACAAUUAAGCUGAUUUGCCUGUACCAAUGUCAAUUUCUGCCCAUUUAACUAGAUCUGUAGGUCUCUCAUGGAAGGCACGUCAUGGGGCAUCUCCUGAGCAAUUAUGUAAGGCUGCUACGUGAUCUUCUAUUCACACAUUCAUUUCUAAAAUUCUACUCAUUUGAUACCUUUGCAUCCCAGGAUACUUCCUUUGGACACAGGUUUCUGUUAUCCUCUCAGGCGCGUCCCCUCCCUUAAAAAUACUGCUUUAGGACAUCCCCCGAUGUUCUCCCUGUGGAGCCCCAUGAAUCCUGAAGAAGAAAAUGAGAGUUAUGGUAGACUUACCUUUGUUAACUCUCUUUCUUCAAGGUUCAUAGGGUCCACAGGGCGCCCACCCUGACACACCUGUCCUCUCUGGGUUUUUGUGGCAUUAGUCACUAGUUCCUUUCUCCAGUCUGCGAGAAUGUGCAGAUUGUGUUCUUAUGUGUACUAUAUCUUACUUCUCUCCUAUCCACUUCCUGCUUUGGGCUUGUUAAGAAAACGUACCUGCCUGAGCAUGGAGGCGGGGUUAUAGGGGAGAGGAGCCAAGCAUUCUGGGAAGCCAGAAAGCUUAACUGGUGCCCAGACUCUCAUCCACCACCUACAACCAUGAUGUUCUCCCUAUGAACCUCGAAGAAAGAGAGUUAACAAAGGUAUGUCUACCAUAACUCUCGUUAUUUUUCAGCUGUAAUUUUUCCAUGGUUCAACAUUCCUAAGAUAUGACUAAAUUUGACAUUAUUUCCAACUUUAAUUAUGUGAAAAUCAUGUUCAUCUCCUCCCUUCCCAGCUUGCAUAGCUUGGCAUUAAUCAAUUUAGGAGCUGUAUGUUUGCUAAAUAUCUCAGCACUUAUUCCAUGUUUGUGAAUAAUCCCUAAUUUUACUUGGCACUGUCACUAUGACAGUUGUAGUGCUUCUUUUUGACUUGCACCAAAUUUUAAUUGCAUCUAUGUGAAUUUUUGUAACAAUGCUGUAUACUAUAUUCAUAAAGUCUAUUUUAAACACCUUAAGACAUCUUACGCUAUUUGAAAUACACCAGCACUGAAAAAUGGCGACAUGGACUUACCUUUAUAUGUUUAUUAUAUUUCCUUG